AGCCUUACUAACCGAACGUUCCUUGUCCUCGAUCGUUCUCGUUCCCGAAGCUAUCCAAGCUAUUGAUGAUGACUCGUGCGAUAUGUACGAUGUGGUCACUGUGCUGUCACGAGCUAAAUGGCUGGCUAUCUAUAUCAUGGCAUGUUGCGCCCUACAUUAUCUAGGUUGAACCCGCUCCCGCCGUUGAAACUUUCAUGAGCCCUUUGGCUUUUAGUAUUCAACGGCGUGAUUUAAUUCACUAUGCGUUUCCUAGCAGUUGCUCUAUUUUUGCCGACUGUAUUAGGAGAAAGGCUAGUCAUCCGAGAGGUGCAAGAUGCGGUGAAUGCUCAACUAGCACAAUUCAGCGGGUAUACAGGUAAUUAUGCUUCGGCGAUAGCUGGUGAGACUAUUUCCGCGAGCCCUAGACCCGAGGAGAGGAAGAUUGGAGAGCGACAGACAUCUAGUAGCUACUGGUAUGAGACGAUAUCGCAUCAGGGCAUAUCGGCCUUCAAUGCCAAUGCUUCGACUUAUAAAGUCUACCGCAAUGUGAAGGACUACGGCGCGAAAGGAGACGGGAAGACCGACGAUACAGCUGCCAUCAAUAAAGCAAUUAGCGAUGGCAACAGAUGCGCGCCGGGAUCUUGCUCCUCGUCUAGCACGACCAAUGCUGUCGUUUACUUUCCUGCUGGAACCUAUGUAGUUUCUUCCUCUAUCAUCAGCUACUACGCAACCAACCUUAUUGGCAAUCCGAAUAGUUUGCCUAUCCUUAAAGCAACAUCCAGUUUCUCGGGAUUCAGUGUCAUAGAUGGUGCGCAGUAUCAAUCAGGAGGCGUCUUACCCUAUGGAUCAACCAACAUCUUCUGGCGUCAGGUUCGAAACUUCGUCAUUGACCUAACGGCCAUUCCGGCAGCAACUUCAGCGACCGGUAUCCAUUGGCCCACAGCUCAGGCGACGAGUUUGCAGAAUAUCGUAUUCAAGAUGUCUUCCAACUCCGGUACUCAACAUCAAGGAGUCUUCAUCGAAUCGGGUUCUGGGGGUAUCUUGAACGACCUUGUCUUCGAUGGUGGUCUGUACGGAGCCGUAUUUGGAAACCAGCAGUUUACCGUCCGCAAUCUCACUUUUAGCAAUGCAGUCACUGCUAUAUCCCAGAUUUGGGAUUGGGGCUGGACUUACAAGAGCAUAUCCGUGAGUAAGUGCAACUGCACAGUCGGUCUAGACAUGGCCACCCGUGAUUCAACUGGAGAAACAGUUGGGUCUGUUACUUUUUUCGACAGUUCGUUCACAAACACCAAAAUCGCAUUUAACAUCUCACGGUCCUCUACGUCUACACCGGCAACAGGAGGCAGUCUAGCCAUCGAAAACGUCUCUCUCAAGAACGUGCCAACCGCCAUCCAAUAUGGGCCAACUAAAAGCACGCUGCUAGCCGGAACUACGGGGUCGACAACCAUCGCAAGCUGGGUAAGCGGGAACGUGUACAACCCUACCGGGCCUAAGACCACCGCCGGUGCGAUCACGCCGCCUACACGCCCAGCUGUGCUUGUCAGCAGCGGCAAAUACUACGAGCGGUCGAAACCGUCCUACGCCAGCCUCGCCGCUUCGUCGUUCUCAUCCGUGCGAACCGGCGGCGCCAAAGGUGAUGGCACGACCGACGACACCGCCGCCCUUCAGAAAGUCAUAACCGCGGCAGCCAGCGCCGGUCGAGUUGUCUAUUUCGACGCCGGAACGUACAAGGUAACUAAAACCUUGCUUGUCCCGGCCGGCAGCAAGAUCGUCGGGGAGGGGUACCCCGUAAUCAUGUCCAGCGGGUCAUUCUUCAACAACAUCAACACGCCACAAGUCGUCGUGCAGAUCGGCAAUGCCGGCGAUUCUGGGACGGUCGAGUGGAGCGAUAUGAUUGUUUCGACACAAGGCGCCCAAGCUGGCGCGAUCCUUAUUAGGUGGAACCUAGCGUCGCCAGCCGGCUCGCCGAGCGGGAUGUGGGAUGUCCACACGCGAAUCGGUGGGACCAAGGGGUCUAAUCUAUCGCUAGCCAAUUGCCCGUCCACGCCGUCAUCUACGACCGUUAAUAGCAACUGUAUCGCGGGCUACAUCUCGAUGCACGUGUCCAAAUCUGCCGCGCGCUUGUACCUAGAGAACGUGUGGCUGUGGGUGGCGGAUCACGACGUCGACGAUGCAUCCCUGACGCAGAUUAAGGUGUAUGCCGGUCGCGGUCUACUAGUCGAAUCGACGGUAGGGACCCUCUGGCUUGUCGGGACCAGCGUCGAACACCACGUCCGAUACCAGUACCAGUUCAGCAAGACGCAGAAUAUCUUCGCCGGUCAAAUACAGACGGAGACCCCGUACCAUCAACCUAAUCCGGGAGCGCGGCAGCCGUUCCCGUUGAAUACGACCAUCGACGACCCGAACUUCGAUAUCUUGUGCCCGCAGAGCUCGUCGCCGAGUACGUGCGCUGAAGCGUGGGGGUUAAGGGUUAGUGGGAGCAAGAGCGUGCUUGUUUACGGCGCUGGACUGUACUCAUUUUUUAACAACUUCAGUACGUCCUGUUCCGCCAAGGGCGCGAGCUCGCUUUGUCAGACAGGCAUCGUGCAGUACGACGCCGCCAACACCACGGGGUUCUGGAUCUACGGGCUAAAUACCGUGGGUGCCGUGGGCAUGGUCUACAGGGACACAACGAAACUCGCGGAUUAUUCCCAAAACGUCAAUGUGUUCCCAAGCUCGGUUAUCGCGUUUAGUAGUGGGAGUUAA